AUGAUCCCUGUAUUAACUACCUCGGUGGUGUACUGGCUAACAUGUACGGCCGCAGAUCCGGAGGUCCUGGGUUCGUAUCCCGGGUCGAGUCAAGUUCAGUUAUUGAAUAUUUCUACCAAAAAAUUAUCAGUUACAGCCCGUGGUUGGGAAGUUUUCGGUGUUACACCCCCAUACCUCAAAGAGCACGUAAAGCCGUCGGACCUGCGCUUUAACUCUCACCGAUCGUGUCGAAUAGUCGUCCCAAUGGAGUAUGAAAGUGACAGGAAUAGAGAGUGCACUUGUCUACGCGCACACGCGCUGCACUAUAAUAUCACCUGCGCGGAUGGC